CCAGAAAGAGUAUUCCCAUAAUGGACAAGUUAGCAUGCUCUCUUGGUUUUUUGACGAAACCAGUCAAGUUGUUCAGAAAGCAGAGAAUGAUGUUAGAAUCUACUCGAAAACUUACGUUCAAACGUACAUUGACAAUUUUGUUGCUGGUAAGCCCAAUGAGACAUACACUAACGCCAGUUUUCUUAUAGACAAGGCCCUAAAGCAGAUAAGUGUUAAAGGAAAAACAGUCCUUGUUAUUGGAACUAUGACUCCUUGGGUUGAGGCUGUUAUACUUUCAAAGAACCCUUCAAAAGUUAUGACCCUGGAGUACGCUACAGCAAAAAGUGAAUAUCCAGGACUUGAAUUUAUCACACCUUUGGAGUUUAGGAAAAGAUAUAAAGAAGGAAAACUGCCAUUGUUUGAUAUAAUUGUUACUUACUCUUCAGUUGAACACUCAGGAUUAGUUGAUUAUUGGAGUACCAACUACAGGGAAGGAUAGAAUAGAGUUUAACGCUCAUAGGUUGUAUUUCU